GUGGACAUAAACACACAAGUGUCUUUUUUAAAUUAAUUAAUUAAUUAAUUGUCCAGUACAGUAGUACAAUUUAAUAACUAGUGUAAAUUAAAAAUAAAUAAUAAUUAUAAUAUUUUCCCCCAGUCUAUCUAAUAUAUUUUUUUGUGGGUAUAAACCCCCAAAUACCCUUGGAUCAAAAUUGAAUUUAAUUAAACGUUAAUUUUAGUGAUAAUUUAGUGUUAUAUUUAGUUAAAUAAAUUAAUUUUUUUUAUAAAAAUAAAUGCAAGACAUAUCAACAUUAGUACUGUGGAGGCGCCCAUUUGUCACACUAUACUAUGCCUCCCAUGAGCUCAGCCAUCAAAUUGUCAACCUAACCAAAUGGGUACUAUGUCAUACGCUAACCUGUCUAGCAUCGGUACUAUUGUUGAUCGGCUACCUGUGCGCCUAUCAUCUGGACGGCCCUCAUCAGCUAUGGCUAACCCAGUUCCAGAAACAACUAAUCUGGUGUCUCUAUUGGUGUGGCCUGGGCAUACUGUCCUCCGUAGGCCUGGGCACCGGUUUGCAUACAUUCCUAUUAUAUCUUGGGCCGCACAUAGCGUCGGUAACUUUGGCCGCUUAUGAGUGCGAAUCGUUGGACUUUCCGUCUCCUCCCUAUCCCGACGAAAUCAUAUGUCCAGCUUCUGGAUCUGUGUUGUCGACACCGAUCAACGUUUGGACCAUUAUGUCGAAAGUACGUCUGGAGGCGUUCAUGUGGGGCGCCGGCACAGCCUUGGGUGAACUGCCGCCGUAUUUCGUGGCCAGAGCUCACCGAUUGGCCGGCGAAGAUGAGGACGAACUGGAACCCGAGUUGGCCCAACAGUUAGUGGACGGCCAUCCGGCUACCGGUGGUGGUGGUCGUGGCCUGCAGUUAUCGUUUGCUCAACGUAUGCGCGGCAAUAUGAUCCGAUUGGUCACUAAAGUAGGAUUUUUCGGCAUAUUGGCCUGCGCUUCCAUACCGAACCCGUUAUUCGAUUUGGCCGGCAUUACUUGCGGCUACUCGCUAGUACCGUUUUGGACGUUUUUCGGUGCCACCCUAAUCGGCAAAGCGGUAAUCAAAAUGCAUAUCCAAAAGCUGUUCGUUAUUGUCGCCUUCAACGAGAACUACUUGGAACUGUUGGUCGAAAAGUGCCGAAAUAUACCAUAUGUUGGCCAACUUUUACAUCAACCGUUACGGGAGUUUCUUGUCAAACAAAAGGCUAGCCUUCACAGAGGUUCAGCCAAACAAACGGCAAAAGAUGGCUCCUGGUUGUCGAUGAUAUUUGAAUGGGUGGUCAUAACGAUGAUACUCUACUUUUUAGUCUCAAUAGUCAAUUCAAUGGCUCAAAACUAUCAGAAACGGGUACUCAAAGACAGACAGUCGGAUAAAUCGGCCGCCAGAGCCGUACGCGAGGCUAUUGUCAACAAUAGUACGGGCAGACACUCGACGGGCAACGGUACUACUACUAGUACUACAGCCCGGGCCCGGUAUAGCAAACGGCUUCAAGAAAAACGACAACAUUUGAAGGCAAUGUAG